CUUCCUUAGCUCUUCCACAGUCUACACGUGCAAGCAUAUGUAAUAUUGUGCCCUCAAAAAGCGUUGUUCAAAACAGAACUAGGGUGCAGGCCAAGGGCCAAAGCCCGAUUUGAUCCCGGGCUUGAGUGCGACAGUCAUGAAGCGCAUGUUGCGCGGAUAGUCAUCAUAGAGCGGCCUCAGACGGUGCCUGAGGAGGGGUCCAUACGCGAGAAUGGCUCCGAAGGGCAAGGCGGAUGCGCUGGUGCAGAAGAGCCCUGCGGAGUUCUUUGCGGAGAAUAAGAAUAUUGCGGGAUUUGACAAUCCGGGCAAGUGCCUGUACACCACCAUCCGUGAGCUGGUGGAGAAUGCGCUUGACGCGGCGGAGUCGAUUGGGGAGCUGCCCGCCAUUGAAAUCACCAUCGAGGAGGUGUCCAAGGCGCGGCUAAACCGCAUCCGGGGCGUCGAGCACCACGACCGCCUGGACGAACAGCUGUAUCAGGACUUUGAGACGGAGGAGGCAAAGAAGAAACGGCUGGCCAAGGAGGCGCGGGAGCAGGAGAAGCUCAAGAAGCUCAUCGAGAAGCACGGCGAGGGCAGCAAGGAGGCCGAGGCCAAGCGCAAGGAGCUGGCGGCGGUGGCGGGCGCGGCCAAGCCCGGAGCCAACAUGCGCGGCAACCUGUUCUACAAGGUCACCGUCAAGGACAACGGCGCGGGCAUGCCGCACAAGGACAUCCCUAACAUGCUGGGCCGCGUGCUCAGCGGCACCAAGUACGGAGUCAAGCAGACACGAGGCAAGUUCGGUCUGGGCGCCAAGAUGGCCCUCAUUUGGUCCAAGAUGACCACCGGCCUGCCCUUCGAGAUCAGCUCCGCCACGCCGCGCGCCGCACUGCGCUCCCACUACCGCCUGGACAUAGACAUACACAAGAACGAGCCCAGCAUCCACCUGGAGGAGCAGCUGCCCAACCCGGACGGCUGGCACGGCUCCAGCCUCAGCCUCACCAUCGAGGGCAACUGGAGCACGUACCGCUCCUACAUCCUGCGCUACCUGCGCCAGAUCGCAGUCAUCACGCCCUACGCCCAGUUCAUGUUCGCCUACAAGGCCGAGGACGACAAGAACAGCGUGCGCAUCGGGUUCAGGCGGCGCACGGACGUGAUGCCGGACCCGCCCGCGCUCACCAAGCACCACCCCUCCUCCGUGGACCUGGAGCUGGUGAAGCGGCUGCUGCGCGCCACCACCGCCAAGACGCUGGCGGCCUUCCUGCAGAAGGAGUUCGACCGAGUGGACAAGAGCCUGGCCGCCCGGGUGGUGGAUGAGAUGCAGGCGGGCGUGGAGGGCGACAUGAGCCCCAGGGACCUGGACGAGAAGCAGAUCGUGCGGCUGCACCAGCUGCUGCACGAGAUUCGCUUCAGUGACCCCACCGGCAAACACCUGAGCCCGGCAGGCGAGUACAACCUGCGCCUGGGCGUGAUGAAGGAGCUGGGUCCGGACCUGAUCGCCACGCAUCAAGGCGACGUGCGCGUGUUCGAGGGCCACGCCUUCAUCGUGGAGGCGGCCGUCAGCGUGGGCGGCAAGAACGUCAAGCCGGGAAUCAACGUGCAUCGCUACGCCAACCGCAUCCCGCUGCUGUUCGAGGGCGGCUCAGACGUCAUCACCAAGACCGCCCUGCGCCGCAUCAACUGGAGCGCCUACAAGAUCAACCAGGCCACAGACAAGGUGGGUGUGUUCGUGUCCAUUGUGAGCACCAAGAUCCCCUUCAAGGGCGCGGGCAAGGAGUACAUCGGCGACGACGUCGUGGAGAUGGUGGGCGCGGUCAAGGCCGCAAUACAGGCCUGCUGCCUGCAGCUCAAGUCCAAGAUCAUGCGCGCCAUCGCCGCGCGGGAGCAGAAGCAGCGCAAGAAGACGCUGUCCAAGUACAUUCCCGACGUCGCCAACGCCAUCUACUCAGUCCUGGAGCGCAUGGCUGGCGCCGCCGCAGGCGGGGGCGCAGGGGAUGGGGAGGCGGGGCCGGCGGCGAAGCGGCGGCGGACCGAGGAUCCGGGUGGCGGCGGGCUGCUGGUGCGGGAUGAGUUCGGGCUGCUGCCGGCGGUGGCUGCCAAGGAGGUGACGGCGGCGACGCUGGCGAGCCGGCUGAGCGAGUAUGUGGAGCGCAUAGACACGGACAUGGCGCUGGAGUACCAGGUGCAGCAGGGACUGGCGGCAGGCGAGGCCAAGGCGCCUCUGUACCUGAUGCCCCUCAGCGGCCGGCACGUGCACGGCCCCGAGGUGCACACAACCACCUGCGUCGUCAAGCUUCUGACUGGCUACACAUGAGACCUGUCACACCUGACCAGGGGUGUGCUACCAGGGCCGUCUACACCUCCUGAGGUCUCACACAUUUGAAGAACACAGACACGUGACGUACACACACACAACACACACAUACACCAGAAUCACAUGAAUCCCAUGACGUACAGUACCUGACAGUGACAGGGGGGCCUGAGACACACGACUGGGACAACAGGCGGUAGAGGUGAUUGCGUUGUGGGGGAGUCCCCACACGGGCAGCUCUGCGUUGCUGCGCUGGUGGCGGUGGAGGCGAAGGGGGGGGCAGGGUUGCGGAACGCAGGAGCGCGGGACGGCGCCCGGCGGACUGUGUAGGCGUAGGCGCGAGUGGUGGCGGAGGAUGGGGAUGGGCCCGGGACCAGACGCGUAGGAGGAGCACGGCGCGGGAUGCAUGAGUCGAAGGAGCAGAGGUGGCGCGGCUGGCAUGAGGCCAGGGUGGCGGUGGCGGUGCUGGACUCAGGGACACAAUGGUGUCGGCGACGGGCUUGCG